AUCAUGAACCGAGGUAACCAAACGUAAAAUGGCGUCGUAGGGAAAACGUGAAACGAGCUAUUGACAAAUACAGUGAUUUGGAUAAUACAGAUUGGGUUCUCUGGCAUUGAAUUGAAAACUCAUUAAAGAAGAAUCACAUAACAGAAUGGCUGGAAUGGAUGAGAUGGAUGAUCUUCCAGAGGAUGAAAUGGAAGAUGAGAUGAAUGUUGGUCGGUUUGAUGAUGACCUGCAGAGGAAAGUAAUGCUUCAACAACAGAUGCUGGAAGCAGAGCGUCAGAAGGACGCAACCAUGAUGGUGUUCGCCCCACCCCCUGGAGUCCCACAGCCCAUGCAGCAGCAAAUGCAGGGUGUGCCUCCAGGUAUGCCCCAGGGGAUGCCACCAACUGGGCCUCCCCCUGUACCCCAGCAGAUUGCCCCACCGAUGCCCCCACAGAUGCCUCAAGGAGGCCCCCAGGGUCUCCCGCCUGUCCCCCAGCCUAUGGGUCAGGGUAUUGGCCCCCCCGGGCCACCAGGUAUGCCUCCUCCACAGGUGCCACACAACGUACCACAAGGUGUGCCGCAGUCCGUUCCCGGUGUUCCCCCACAAGGUGUUCCGCCUGGCGUUCCUCCGCGGCCUCCCCAGGGAAUGCCGCCAGGCGUUCCUCCAAAUAUCCCCAGAGCCUUACCUCCAGGUAUGGAGGAAGGGAUGAGUCCAGAAUUGAUGCAUAAGGUGAUGCAGCAGCAGCAGAUGUUGGAGAUCGAGAAGAUCAGGGAGCAGGUGAUCCAUUUUGACAGACCUCAUCAGCCAAUGGUGAUGAUGGAAAAUCAACAAUCAGGACCUGGACCUAAUCAAGGCAUGCCCCAUCCCAACCAGAUGUCCCAGCCCGGCCCGGCCCCCAUACAGCCGCCUCCUCCAGUCUCUCAGCCAGGCCCCCCACCCCAGGGGCAGAUGCCGCCACACCCGAUGGGGAUGCCUUCUUCAUCUCCAGCAGGACCCCCAGGUGUCCCGCCACAGGGCAUCCCACCACAGGGCAUCCCGCCCCACCCUCCCCAAGGACCCCCACAACAGGGAGUGCGACCACCACCUAUGAUGGGAGGCCCCCCAGGGAGUCAACAGCCACCCCCACAACACGGUGGACCUCCCCAACAACAUGGUGGACCUCCCCCACAACAUGGUGGACCUCCCCCACAACAUGGUGGUCCUCCCCCACAACAUGGUGGACCUCCCCCACAACAUGGUGGACCUCCCUCACAACAUGGUGGACCUCCCCCACAACAUGGUGGACCUCCUCCACAACAUGGUGGACCUCCCCCAAGACUGCCACCUCCUCAGCUGGAUGACAAACAGUCGAUGACGCCUAUGGAGCAACGCCCACCCCAGCCACUGCCCAAGGAAAUCCGCCUGCCCCAAGCUCUGGAGAAGGUUCUUGAGUUCAAGACCGUGCGAGCCCAGGAAGUGGGAGUCACCCCAGAGGAGCUGGAGCACCUCAACAAACCAGAUGAUGACGAUGAUGACCAAGACUAUGAUGAUGAUGAGGAUGAGAGACAGGAUCUGGAGGCAGACGUUGACGAGGAGGAGGAGGAGGAGGAGGAGGUCAAGGAAGCGCCGUCUAAGAGUGCCAAGGAGUCCAAGAACAAGCGGCGCAAGAAGAAAAAGAAGAAGGCAAAGAGAAGUCGCUUGCAGGAGCAAAAACUGCAGAAGAGGAUUGAGCAGGACUCCGAGAAGAGAGAUGAAGAACUAGUUCACAUAGAGUACGUUCAGGAGCAGCUGGACCUGGACCCCAUGGAUCCUAACUAUCACACCUUCGCCAUGAUAUUUGAUGCUUUCAAGAUUUCUGAGCCAGAGAAGCCCAAGGAACUGCCGAGAGCUGAGGAGAAGAAACCUGAGCAGAAACAGCCGGAGAAGAUGGUGCCGAAGAUGGAUGACAGUGACAGCGACAGCGAUGAUGAGGAUGCUCCGCCAGAGGAAGAAACUCCAAAAUUGUCGAAGAAGAAGAUGAAGAAACUGACGCGACUGAGUGUGGCACAGCUCAAACAGCUGGUGACACGACCAGAUGUGGUGGAGAUGCAGGAUGUUACAGCAAGAGAUCCCCGACUCCUCGUCCAUCUGAAGGCCACAAGGAACACCGUGCCGGUUCCCCGCCACUGGUCAUACAAGAGGAAGUACCUGCAGGGCAAGAGAGGUAUUGAGAAGCCACCAUUCGAGCUGCCCGACUUUAUCAAGGCCACCGGCAUACAGGAGAUGAGAGCAGCACUGGCAGAGAAGGAAGAUCAAAAGACGCUGAAGGCCAAGAUGCGAGAACGAGUCCGACCAAAGAUGGGCAAGAUUGACAUUGACUACCAGAAGCUCCACGAUGCCUUCUUCAGGUUCCAGACCAAACCCAAGAUGACAAUACAUGGAGAUCUCUACUAUGAGGGCAAGGAGUUUGAGACCAGAUUGAAGGAGAAAAAGCCAGGCAACCUGUCUGAUGAUUUAAAAGUUGCUCUUGGAAUGCCAGUGGGAGCGAACUCGGACAAGGUUCCCCCACCAUGGCUGAUUGCUAUGCAGAGAUAUGGCCCUCCUCCAUCCUACCCUAAUCUGAAAAUACCAGGACUCAAUGCUCCCAUUCCAGAGGGCUGUUCGUUCGGCUAUCACGCAGGUGGCUGGGGCAAGCCUCCAGUAGACGAGAACGGAAAGCCGCUGUAUGGAGAUGUGUUUGGUACCCAGGGAGGAGAGUUCCCAGCCCCUAUAGAGGAGGAGGAGAUUGACAAAAGUCACUGGGGAGAGCUGGAGUCAGAAUCAGAGUCGGAAGAAGAGUCGGAGGAAGAGUCAGACGAGGAUGACCAGACAGGCCUUGUGACGCCAGCCGAGGGUCUGGUGACUCCAAGCGGCAUGACAUCAGUACCUAUCGGUGUGGAGACACCGGAGAUGAUUGAGCUAAGAAAGCGGCGUAUCGAGGAUGCGAUGGACCAGGGAGGUGACACACCUGCUCUCUACACUGUGCUGCCGGAGAAGAAGACAGCUGUGGGCGGAGCAAUGAUGGGUUCCGCACAUGUGUAUGAUAUGACAGGGGUGACAGCCAAGAAGGUGGGCGAUAAGGUUCCUACAGAGGGCAUUGAAGUGUCCUUGAACCCUGAGGAGCUUGACCUUGACACUGCGGCGAUGCAGGCGAAGUACGACCAGACAGUACGGGAGCAGCAGUCGCAGCUGGAGAAGGAGGACCUGAGUGACAUGGUGGCUGAACACGCCGCCAAGCAGAAGAAAAGGAAAAAGCAGCAGCAAGACAGUGGCAAGUCAGCCAAGAAGUACAAGGAGUUCAAGUUUUGAUACACAGAUUUUAUCCGUAAUGCUUGUCUUGGUGUAUGUGUAUUUGCUGCCCGAUACUGAUCAUGUACCAAAUUAACUUCACAGCAUUUCCAUCGUUUUGAUUUAUUCUUCUCCUGAAAUCAGAAGAAAUCAUUUGUAUGAAGCUUGGAUUUUUGUCAGAAAUUGAGUGUGCAAGCCUCGUCAUGUUCCACAUUGCUUAUGCUGUGGUGCUCUAUUGUCAUCGUCUCCAUGACCAGUCUCAGACUGUGUGAAGCUAAAUUGUUUGAUAGGCAUUACUUAGAAGUUGCCGGAUGACAAGGUAGACACAAUUUUAUGGAUAACAACUUCUUUAAUACUUUAAAAAGCGAUGUUCGGUAUAGAUCCUUAUACUGUUGUCAAGCAAGACUGGCUUGACAACGGUAUAAGGAUCUAUACCGAAACUUCGCUUUUUACAGGAUUAAAGAAGUUGUUAUCCAUAAAAUUGUGUCUACCCUGUGUAAAGCUGUUUGUCACUGUUAAUUUCCCUUUGCUUCGAAGAAGUUGCUAUGUUGAAAAAGUAAUUUUUAAUGAUGUAUUGUUCAAUAUCUGACAGGUAGAUCUAAGAAAUUUCGUAAUUCUUAAAUUGAGGAAAAAUGGAUGCCACUCAUGCCAACCUUAACCAGAUCAAAUUACUGUAUGUCUGCUGUCUUGGAUUAUAUAUAUAUAAGAGUACCUCGAGGAGUGGAAAUCUGUUUCUGCUUGUUUUGAAGUAUAUUUUUAUGACAUAUAGUGUAUGACAAUGAAAAUAUUCAGAAAAUUCAGAUCCUGAUCAUAAACUAUUUCCAGAGGAGCUCCAACAAGAUCAGAAAUUCUGGUACCCAAUCAUCACUUUUCAUAUUUUUCAAAUAAUAACAUUGUAUGGUAAAUAGAAUUAUGCCUGCCAAAGAGGAAUGUCAGGACAUGUAUGGGGAAUAUUUAUCAAAUUGUAAUUUUUGGUACAAAUGUCCAAACAAUUUGAGUGAAUCUUUACUGCCAAAUUAUUUUAAUGACAUCAAAGGCAAAAGGGAAAUCAUCAGCUGAUGAAGAAUGUUUGUGAAUGUCUAUUCAUGUGUAAAUAUCAUAAAGGAGAAUAAACGCCUCCAAAAGGGAAA